AUGAAGUUUUGCCACUUCCAGUGGAUGUUAUCUCAAAAAACACACGAGAUAUUCCGUACUAAAGAUAUUGAAACCGAAUCUAUCCAGGAACAAAUAGUCACCAAGGAAUUCCCUGUUAAUUCAAUAGAAAAAAUAGCUGAUCGCAUUGAUAAGGAAAUUGAUUUGAAUAGAAAGAGAAUAGAUCGAGAACCCGCGAUCAUUCAGGAAGAAAUAGAUAUUCCCUCAGAAAAGAUACUUGAUAUUGACUAUGUUGAAGAGAAAAUCGAUUUGAAUGAAAAGAAAUUAGACCAAGAAGUUGUGAUCAUCGAGAAAGAAAUAGAUAUCCCAUCAGAAAAGAUACCUGAUAUUGACUAUGUUGAAGAGAAAAUCGAUUUGAAUGAAAAGAAAUUAGACCAAGAAGUUGUGAUCAUCGAGAAAGAAAUAGAUAUCCCAUCAGAAAAGAUACCUGAUAUUGACUAUGUUGAAGAGAAAAUCGAUUUGAAUGAAAAGAAAGUAGAUGAAGAAGUUGUGAUCAUCGAGAAAGAAAUAGAUAUCCCAUCAGAAAAGAUACCUGAUAUUGACUAUGUUGAAGAGAAAAUCGAUUUGAAUGAAAAGAAAUUAGACCAAGAAGUUGUGAUCGAGAAAGAAAUAGAUAUCCCAGAAAAGAUACCUGAUAUUGACUAUGUUGAAGAGAAAAUUGAUUUGAAUGGAGAGAAAUUGAAAAGGGAAGAUGAAGAACAUGUGAUCAUCCAGGAAGAAGCUGUUCCAAUAAAAAGAAUAACGGACGAGAAAAUCGAUUUUGUUGAAAAAGAGGAUUCGAUCGUUGAAAGAGUCACAGUUGAACCUGCAGAGGAAGUUCUAGUCGCGAUUGAGAAACAGGAGAUUAUUGAAGAUGAGAUCGAACGAGCGCCAGCAGCACAGAUUGACUUAGAAAUAUCGCAAGAAUUAGAAAAAGAUUUAGAGUUGAAAGAGUUGGAAGAAUAUGUUGAAGAAGAGGAGGAAGGUAUUACUGACUACGAGAAAUUUAUCGACGAGGAAUUGCGGGAGCUUCUGCCUGCCGUAAUAGCGAGGGAAAUUCCGGAGGAGCCGAGGGAGGUGGAGCGUCGUGAAAUUUCCAGGAAUGCAGUCGCCUUGUACAACGGAAUCGAUCGCGAAAGACCUGUCAGAGCACCAAGGGAGCCAGAAGCGGUGACCGCAAUGCCUGAAGAACGACCGGUUAGAGAAGAAAUACCUGCAAGAGCUCUUGAGGAUUCGAUAAUAGAUCGGAUCGUCUCGCGUGAGCCUGCGCCUGUAGUUGCAGAUGUUUGCGAUGAGACAUACUGUUUAGUAUGGAAGCAGAGAGAACGCAUUAUACGCAAAUUGAAGGAACGUCAGCGGAUCAUAGAUCAUUAUUAUCUGACGAAGGACUUCAGCUACUUCGAGGACGUAUGCACGUGCUCUCUGGCUUGCAUGGUGUACACUUUGAGCAGGGACCCGUUCGUGAGAAGCAUAUUCGCGUCUCUCGCAUUGUUCGCGGUCGGGCUAAAGCUAUGUUCCGAGCUGGAUGCAUGGGAGAUGCCGAGUCGCGUCUCAUAAGACCGAAAUAUAUGUGUAAUCCCCACCUAACGCUUUCAUAGAAUGCGACGAUCGCAUUAUUAGCGAAAU